UAAAAGAAUGGCAAGCAAACAAUGUAUGGCCUGGGUAUGCCAAAGUGUAAAAGAUUGCCCAGAAAUCUUUUAAUUCUCAGCAGAGAUCAAUGCAGUUAACUCCGUGUCCUACAUGUAUCUUUCCCUGCAGAUUUCUGCGCUUGCAUGCAGAACGCUCUUUGCUUUCAGUCACUCGAGAGAAAAAGGCUGUUUCAAGGCAUGCUCUCCCGCUUUGUUCUUCCCCAGUGUCCCCGUCCGUCCCCUCCAUCCGGCGGUGGGAGAGGCAGGGCAGGAUGUGCUGUCAGGAGAACCCACCUAGAGGUCCCCCUUGACGCCAGCACAGCCUGCUUCUGCCAGGCAGAGCCCGCACCGCAGCCGAGCCUAGUCUGCUGCAGAGUAAGUGCCAGAGCGUCCAGCCCGCGAGUGUCCGGAGCCGCUCCCGGGCGAGGACACGGGCAGCCCCGGGGGCAGCCUGGAAAUUCCCGUCAGGGGAAAGGAAGCAAGAGCCUGUUGCCUGCGUUGCUUCAAAAUAUAUGCCGUCUCUGUGGCUUGGGCUUAAGAAUCAUCCCGAAGAGUGAUAACUACUGUCUGGGAGCUGAAUUGGGGGAAAAAAGGACAGCAGAGGAGGAAUGCUUAGGUAACACGGGACUUAAAGCUUUGCUUUCAUUUUGCAACAUACAAAUCGCUGCACGUGGUUUUAUAUACAGCAUAACAUCAAAGUAGAAGGGGGUUCUGCAGUGAGAGUCAAUAGCUUAGUCAUUUUACUUAAAGGGAGCAGGGAGCCUUAUUGGGAGGUUAGACAGCAAAAUGAAUUUGAUCAUGAUAUAAUCAUGUCUCGUGAUGGUAUCUAACUGUAGUCCUGUCCUAAGGAGUGGAAGAAGCAUACUUCCUUCCUUCUUUCUUAGUUGAAGAAACAAACCCACAGUAUCAAAUACUGAGAGAAGUUUGGGUUUGCUCUACAUGGCUAUUAAACAUCUCACCGUUCACCGGGCUUGUAAGAAAGGAAAACUGCAUUAAAGUGCUUACUGAUGAAUAUGUGUCUAAGAAAGAAGAAAAAGCAGUAUUCAUUUCUGAACAUGGGAAAGAAAUCUGAAGUUACACCUCUACCCCUAACCACUGAUUUGGCACAGAUGACAAGAAACUAUGUUUUGACUAACCUUUUCCAACUGUCCAAAAUGUUGCAUAUGAAGAUGCUUUAAUUCACAGUCAAAGCACUUGGAUUUUUAUCAAGGCAAGCUGUUGUCAUUGUCAUAACAUUUUCUGUAUACUGAUUAGUUUAGUUUUUUUUUAAGCAGCAAGUGAUGCAUAAAUGGAUGGACAUGUACCUAGAAAACCCUGUAAGAAGUCUUUCCUUGAAUCCUGGGAAUUUUUAUGGAUUACAGUAAUUCUUGCAAUAAUCCCUGCUGUUAACUGCUCAUGCAGUUCUGGAAUGAACCUAUGAAUACCAUAACAGAUAAAUCAGUCUGACAAGGAAAACACUGAUGUUGGAAGAUUUAUGAACAUGAUGCACGUGAAUAAUUUCCCCUUUAGGAGGCAUUCAUGGAUAUGUUUUGAUGUAGACAAUGGUACUUCAUCGGGACGAAGCCCCUUGGAUCCCAUGACAAGCCCUGGAUCAGGGCUAAUUCUUCAGGCAAAUUUUGUCCAUAGUCAACGCAGGGAGUCUUUCCUUUACCGGUCAGACAGUGACUAUGACCUGUCUCCAAAGUCCAUGUCCAGGAACUCCUCCAUUGCCAGUGAUAUACAUGGAGAUGACUUGAUUGUGACGCCAUUUGCCCAGGUGCUGGCCAGCCUGCGUACCGUACGGAAUAACUUUGCAGCAUUAACCAAUUUACAAGAUCGGGCACCCAGCAAACGUUCACCAAUGUGUAACCAACCAUCUAUUAACAAAGCAAGCUUGACAGUAAUCCAGAAGUAUGUUACCUUAACUGGAAAUAGAGAUACUGGAAAAUACAGCUCUUUCUUCGACUCCAGGGGACUAACUUUGGAAAGCCUAUAACACAGUAAAAUCCCUGACAGUAAAAGAAAAUGUGAUAUCCAGAAGAAAAGACACGCAUGCAUGUGAACACACAGCUAGCCUACCUUACAUGCUUUCCCACAGUUGUUUGCCUGAGGUCAGCUUCUUUUGUCCAGCCAGAGAAGCUUCUCAGGCAGCAAGGAACAAAGAAACACUCUGCUGGAAGAUGCUGUUGCUCUCUUUAAAUUCCCCCUGACCUGAAGGUUUCCAUUCAGAUAAUUCUCAGAGUGCACUCUAUCUGUUAGAAGUAAUAAAUCAUCUGAAAUUUUAGUUUAGAAGAAAGGUGGUGCCACCAGUGCUGUGAUUAAUCUAGAAAAUGUUUCUGUGCCAAGAAAUUUAAAGGAGGCUAGAGAAGGCAAAUAAUAGUAAGGAUAAUUCAAUGUAGUUUAAUCUGAUUUCUCAGAGAUACUGAUGGAAUAGCUGCGCUCAAAUUAUCCACUGAACCUGUUGAGCUGAGGCCUGUGUGCAUUGGAUAUAAGUGGCUAAAAGACUUUAAUGAUACAGGAAAGAUAUUAAGCCCUAUAAAGCAUGAAAAUGACUACAAUUCAUUUUGAUAGUUGAAUCGAGAUUGAGGCUAGAUACUAUUUUGUCUGAACAGCAUGGCCAUUCUUAGUCAUAGACUGGUUUUGAUAUUUUCAUAGCAACAAGUUUCAUGGCAUAAGCACAGAAGUAUGAGGCCUUUCUUGAUGCAUUUAAAAUACUAGUAAAACAUAUUGCACUCCAGCACUGUGUUAAGAAGGAAGAGGUAUUACUAACAUUUCCCCUCCUCUUGACAUAAUGACUG